CGCGCCCAUCGCGACGGGUUGAGUAUAUAUUGUCGCAAACCUUGCUGCUUCUGCAGCGGCGUCAUCGUCAACUUCACACUGUACAGCAGAGAACACGCAUCACAAGCAGUAUCGCAAGACCACCACGAUAUCCGACAGCAUGUCCAGCACCGCCGUAUCAGCCGCGCCCGACGCGAGCCUUUUCGUUCCCUUCACGCAGACCUUCGUCCAGACAAGCGGCAGCGAGACGUCCACUGUGGAGUACACUUUGGUGGGACAAGUCCUCGACAACGGACAGACCAACUGGGUCGGCUACGAUGAAGGAGGAGCAGAAUACUUGUACACUGGCUCGGUUGCGAACGCACAGCAGACGACCCUGGCCGGCGAGGUGUACUAUGUGAGCAGCGGCGAUGCUCCAGCCGGAUACAUCGCGACCGCUUCAGGCGUUGAAGGAUCCAUGACCACUCAAGCGGCCGAGAGCAACUCUCCCAGCAGCACGAGCGGCUCUGGCGACGACAGCAGCGCGACUGGAUCGAGCAGCCCGGCCGAGAGCGAAUCGUCCUCCAACACCGGAUCUGGCGCAUCGGCAGAGACGAGCCAGCCAAACAACAGCCACCGCAUGUCUGCUGGAGCUGCCUUCGCUCUGGCGGUCGGUCUUUUGGCCGUCAUUGCCCUGUAAACUUAGGAAGUGAAGGACGAGCCAUGAAGAAAGGGGCGAACGAUGCGAUAUGAAGGAUACGAGCAAUACAGAAGUGGGCCAGAAUUGACGACAGAUGAGGAGGGGCGCCAGAACCUGUACAGUGAAUGUAGUAGUAAAGACGCGCCGUAAUGCUAAUGCAAGUUUGCCCGUUGACGCAGCUUCAGUCCCCCG